UGCAGCACACUCCUUGCUGAUUAACGAAAGGGAAAUUGUGCUUAGCGCCUUGCCGCUUUCCCAAUUUCCUCUCACUUUCCUUUUCCCAUUUCAUCUUCUUCUUUGCAUUAUUCUGCACCAUUGACUUGUGGGUUUUGCAAAGACUCAGUCUUCGGUUCGUCGUGUUGGAUUUUGCUUGUGUUUGGGAAUCUUGAACUUUCUGGAGGGUGUGGGGAUUUGUAGUGAGAGAGCAAAGCUACAAAGUUCAUAUUUUUUUUCUUUGCAUUUAAGCUGAAUUUCAGGUGAGAAAAAUCCAUCAAGUUUUAUACUUUGUGCAGAAAUCUCAUCUGGGUUUUUACUUUUGCUUUACCUAGUGAAAUAUUUAGCUCUUGGGUUGCUUAGGAUCUAGCCAAAUUCCAAGUCUUUGUGGUUACUUUUGUAGUUCUUCAACUUACUCAUAGAUUGUAUUCGAUUCAAUUUCGAGUAUUUGGCUGCUUGGAUCAUAGUUAGGUGUUGGGAAUUUCUGAUUAUCUGAACCCAAAUGAUGGGAGGAAAAUCCAGUAAAAACCUUGAAACUACUACCAACUCCCAGGACAGCGCCGAUUUGAGCUCCUAUGAGGCGGCUUGUAAGCUCGAUCCAGCCUUGCAAUCGUUUGAUGUCAAUCUCCAGCAGCGCACAAGCCGUGUCAUUCACUCGCUUUCAGCCGGGUUGGAUUUUCGGUCCCUAUCCCUUGACUCGCUCAAGGAGGUUACCGAUUGCUUGCUUGACAUGAACCAGGAAGUGGUCAAGGUGAUUCUAGAAUGCAAGAAGGAUAUAUGGAAAAGUAAAGAAAUGUUCUCUCUUGUGGAGGAAUACUUUGAGAACAGUCUUCAAACGUUGGAUUUUUGUACUUCCCUCGAGCAAUGUCUUAAGCGUGCGCUCAAUACCCAGCUGAUAAUUCAAGCUGCAGUUAGGCAGUUUGAGGAAGAAGUAGGUGCUGGGGCAGAUGGGAACGGGUGUGCAAGAACCUUAAAAGAAUUGAGGGCGUUUAAGGUGGCUGGGGAUCCUUUCACGGACGAGUUCUUUAUACUGUUUCAGGCAGUUUACAAGAACCAGGCAUCCAUGUUUGAGAAACUGCAACUUCGUAAGAGAAAACUUGAUAAGAAGUUCAAAUCAAUGAAAGCUUGGAGGAGGCUGUCAAAUGUUAUUUUCGUUGCUACAUUUGUCUCUGUAUUGGUUUUCUCUGUAGUGGCAGCUGCCAUUGCUGCACCACCACUUGUAACGGCCUUGGCAGGGGCAUUCGCUGUCCCAAUAGGUUCAGUUGGAAAAUGGUGUAAUAUGCUUUGGAAUAACUACGAGAGAGGACUGAAGGAGCAGAGGGAGAUAAUCAGCUCAAUGCAGAUUGGAACGUUCGUUACAAUGAAGGACCUGGAUAGCAUCCGGGUGCUUGUUGACAAAUUUGAAAUUGGGAUUGAGUCACUGUUGCACAAUGCUGAUUUUGCUAUUAGAGAAGAGGGGUUGGCUGUGAAGCUAGUGAUGGAUGAGAUCAAGAAAAAGCUUGAUGUGUUUGUGGAAACCAUUGAUAAUCUAAGCCAGCAUGCUGAUAAGUGUAGCCGGGAUAUAAGGAAGGCAAGGACAGUGAUUUUGCAGAGAAUAAUUGGGCAUCCCAACAAAUGAAAGACCCUGUCGGUAGAGAUAAAGAUCGUUCAUCUUCAGUCUGAUAUAUAUUGGACGGCCUAAUGAAUCCAACGGCUGAAGAGUUUUUGCAUGAUGAAGGGGCUAGGUAUUGAAGUUACACUUGGUUUUAUUAGUCAAUAAGCUGAGAAAGCAUGCAUUGUUGAUUGGCAGAAAUGAUUUUGCUUCGUUUGAUUAUAUCGGUUUAUCUGUGGAAUUUUUGGGGACAUAUUAAUCUCUAGUUUUCGACUGUUACACGAUUAAUUGAUUUAAGAACUUCAAAAAAAGAACGGAUUUCUUUAAGUGCCAUCUUCGAAACAUGUUGAGAUGAUAUAUGUUUAAGCGUCCGAAGGUAAAAUAUGAGCACGAGGCGAGUCACAUAUUUGCCGAUGAUUGCACGUAGUAGAAGUAUUUUUCCUAGGCCUUGUACUCAAUGGAGUGGAUCAUGAGAUAUUAGUAAUUAGUCAAAAAUUGUGGUUAACAUUGUAUACAGUUAUAUGUGGUCUAACGCAUCUGUCUAUCAUGAAAACAAUAGUUUUGUAGUUCAUCUGUUUAGAUCAAUAGUGGUAGCAGUAUUGUUAAAA